AUGCCCCAUCCCGUCUCUCACAAUCCCCCCUCACACAACACAUACCACGUCAACGACGGCCCCCUCCAACCACACCAAACCGGCAUCCUCAGACCAAGCCGCCCGGACCUCCCUCUCGAUGAACUCCGCCGCCGCUAUCAAGAAGACGGCUACCUCUUCCUCAAAGGCCUCCUCCACCGCACCGACAUCCUCCAAGCCCGCGCAGCAUACUUCACCCACCUCGCCCCCAGCAACAUCCUCAAGCCCGGCACCAACGCAGUAGAAGGCAUCUUCAACACCUCCAACCACGCCGCACACUUCCCCGGUAUAGGCGCCGGAUCCACCGACGAAAACGGCCGACCAGGCGGUGCAGAUGCCGCCAGAUUCGUCGAUCUAGCGCUUGCCGCGCACACGCAAGGCUGGUACAAGGACGUGUUAUGCAAGAACGCUGAUCUGCACGGGUUUGUGGCGAAAUUCACGGGCUGGGGCGGCGAUAUGCGGACGCUGAGGCGGACGCUGUUGCGGAAUGGGACGCCGGGGAAUAGGGCUAUUGGGGUGCAUUAUGAUCAGAUAUUCCUGAGGCAGGGUGAGGAUACGAGUGUUACGGCGUGGGUGCCUAUGGGGGAUAUCUCGAUGCAGGGGGGUGGUUUGAUUUAUCUUGAGCGAGGGCAUAUACUUGGGCGGGAGAUAGAGUACGACUUCACGGCCAAGGCUAAGGCCGCAGGAAUGACGGAUGAGGAAGCGCGUUCUGCAUUCAAUGCGAACAUGAUGCACGGCGGUCUGCUCGCUGAUGGACCUGCAGAGUUUGGUAGAAAGCAUGACAGGCGCUGGUUGUUGACUGAGUAUGAGGCUGGCGACGUGGUGCUUCAUACGCCGUAUACUAUUCAUGCGUCGACCAUCAAUUGUGAUCCCGAUAACAUCAUACGGCUCGGUACAGAUCUACGGUUUGUGGACUCCUCACGGCCGUGGGACAUGCGUUGGUCUAACGACUACGCGUUUGGAGACGGUGUUUGA